UUGGGAAACACCCUUUAAAAGCAGACACACCAUUUACGUAUCUGUCUCUAUUUCGUCUUCAAUCUUCCGUCUCUACAUAGAUUUUUCCGCCAACCCUUUUAGCAUAACGAUUACCCUUUUGAAUCUAGUUUCCAAAUCAACUCUGAAAAUCUCAUCUUUUUUGAUCUUCUACUGCUUCAGUUGGUGGCCAUGGCGAUUGCAGCGGCAGCUGUUAUCGUUCCAUUAGGCAUUCUCUUCUUCAUCUCUGGUCUCGUCGUCAAUCUCAUUCAGGCAGUCUGUUUCAUCCUCAUUUGGCCAGUUUCAAAAAGCACCUACAGAAGGAUCAAUAGGAUGCUGGUAGAGUUGUUGUGGCUGGAACUCAUUUGGAUCUUUGAUUGGUGGGCGGGAGUUAAGAUUCAACUAUUCACUGAUAGUGAGACCUUCAAGUUAAUGGGCAAGGAACAUGCACUUGUCAUGUGUAAUCAUAGAAGUGACCUUGAUUGGCUAGUCGGAUGGGUUCUAGCUCAGCGUUCAGGUUGCCUGGGCAGUGCAAUAGCUGUAAUGAAGAAAUCAUCAAAAUUGCUUCCGGUAAUAGGUUGGUCAAUGUGGUUUUCUGAAUAUAUCUUUUUGGAAAGAAGCUGGGCCAAAGAUGAAAGCAUAUUAAAGUCAGGUCUUCAGCGUUUGAAGGACUUCCCACAGCCGUUUUGGCUGGCACUUCUUGUAGAAGGAACUCGGUUUACUCAGGCAAAGCUUCUAGCAGCUCAAGAAUAUGCAGCCUCAACAGGAUUGCCUGUACCUAGAAAUGUUCUAAUUCCUCGUACCAAGGGUUUUGUUUCAGCAGUUAGUAAUAUGCGUUCAUUUGUCCCCGCCAUUUAUGAUAUAACAGUGGCUAUUCCAAAAACUUCAUCUCAACCUACAAUGAUCAGACUAUUCAAGGGGCAACCAUCUGUGGUGCAUGUCCACCUGAAGCGGCGUUCAAUGAAUGAAUUGCCUGAAACAGAUGAGGCUAUUGCUCAGUGGUGUAGGGAUGUAUUUGUUGCUAAGGAUGCACUGUUGGACAAACAUGUAGCUGAGGACACCUUCAGUGGUCAAGAAUUACAGAACAUUGGUCGGCCAUUAAAACCUCUCUUGGUUGUUACCUUUUGGGCAUGCAUGGUGGUUUUCGGAGCUUUAAAAUUUCUCCAGUGGUCUUCAUUAUUAUCCUCAUGGAAGGGUAUUGCAGUCUCUGCAUUUUGUUUGGCUCUUAUUACCGUUCUCAUGCAGAUCCUGAUUCUCUUCUCACAGUCAGAGAGGUCAACCCCUGCCAAGGUUGCCCCCAGAAACAGCAGUAGAUCCUCAUAGUUUGAUCCCCAGACAUCGGUACACAAAUGAAACCUCACCUACACAUUUUAAUGAACCUAAAAUAGGCGCGUACUAUGUCUAUCAUUCCCGGUAGCCUUGUUUUACUUUUACAUUUAAACUUUCAUAGAAUUAUGUCUUUAAUUUUCAUAUCCCGCAGGUUUGUAUGCAGAUCAUCAAUUCAUUGUUUGCUGGAAAAGUUGGACACACUUUUGUGUAGACUAUAUAUUGUAAAACGGUCCUAGCAAAUGCUUAUAUCAUGCUAGCCUACCAAUUUCAACAGUUUUCAUGCGUUCAUAUUUAAUACAUAGUUUUUGAAAUGUUGGAACAUUAACAACAUCAUUCUCUUAGUGAGGUCCUUGUCUAGUUCUUCUCUUUAUUUUUCCUGUACAUUCUCCUUGACAGGAUGCAUAAAUCAGUAUAUAUCAACUCAUUUGGUGUCAUGUGACUUGUUAUGACAAUGUAAGAUUUUGUUAUUGUGAGAUAAGAUUGGAUGUAAAAUCAUUUUUUAUUUUUUUGAGGGUUGAUAAAAGAAAAAACACAGUUUGUU